AUGUCUUCCUCCAACCCCGACUCAAAUGCACAUUCGUGCAUCCAAUCUCUCUCCUCCAUCCUUUCUUCCGUCCCUUCCUCCGUCUCUUCCUCUUCAAACCCUUCCUUUUCCCUCCUCCACGACCCCACCAUCACCUCCGAAAUAUCCUCCCUCCUCCGCCUCCCCGACUCCGGCUCCGGCGAUAACAACCUCUGUCGUUGGCUGUACGACACUUUCCAUUCAACCGACCCCGAACUCAAACUCGUCGUCCUCCGUUUCGUCCCCAUCAUAGCCGGUGUCUACCUCACCCGCAUCUCCCUACGCAAAUCCCUCGCCGGCUUCGAAGCCAUCGUAUUAGCCCUCUACGCCCACGAAACCACCGCCCGCGAUGGCCAGCCAGUAACCGUCAACGUGCCCGAUCUCUCGCAGCCCAGCAUUUACCAUGAAGCCAAAGGGUCGGUUAAAAACAAAGCAACGGAGUUAAACCUAGCGGUGAUAUCUCCGACGUUGGAGCCCCAUGGCACGAUGCGAUCGUCGAGGAGGGCAAGGAUCGUGGGGGUGGCUCUAGAGUUGUACUACAGCAAGAUAUCUCAAAUGCCGGUGAGUUCGAAGAUGGAGUUUUGUGAGUUCUGUGACAUUUGGGCAGCGGGGCAAAAGAGUGAGGAAUCGAAGGGGAAGAAAGAGAGGAGGAUUCCAUUGCCAUGGGAGCUUUUGCAGCCAAGCUUGAGGAUAUUGGGGCACUGCCUUUUGGGUUCCCAAAAAAGUAAAGAGCUUUUGGAAGCGGCUUCAAUGGCCACCAAAAGCUUGUACAAUAGAUGCUUGCAUGAUGUUGAUGCUAAGGGUAUUUUGGCGACAAGCAGCCUUCUUCGUCUUGAACAAAUGGCUUUGGAUCCUAAGCUUAACGUUGAUCAUACCGAAAUAGAUGGCAAUGUUUUAUCUUUGUAA